ACCGGAUUGAGAUCAUUAUCUUCCAAAUUGAUUGCUUCUGUCUAUUCUUCUCUCGCUAAAUCUGUCAUAUUAAGAGAGAUGAUCCCUCUCACAUCAACAAAAAUGCUCUGGUCAAGUGAAAAUUGGACAAUGGGUUCAAAAAGUGGCUGCCUACCAGGGUCUAGGUUGCCUCUUAAACGGGUCAGAAUUGUCUUAGAAAGUGGCUGCCUACCAGGGUCUACGUUGCCUCUUAAACGGGUCAGAACUGUCUAAGAAAGUGGUUGCCUACCUGGUGUUUGAUCAGUAGGGUGUUCAAUUAACACACGACUCCAGUUGUGACUUAAACCGCAUUUCCCUAAGACUAGCAUGAAGGGAUGGAGGAAUAAAGUAAACGAUUACAACCUAUAUUUUGUACUUGGGGAUCUUUGGGAGUCUUUAAAGGAAUGGAGUGCAUAUGGAGCUGGAGUUCCUCUUGUGUUGAAUGAAAGUGAUUCAGUUGUUGAAUACAAUGUUCCUUAUUUGUCCGACAUUCAACUUUAUGUAGAUCCGACAACACCCCUAACCAAAAGAAGCAAGACUUGGUGUGGCUAUUGCAAGAGCGUGAAGAAACUGUUCUCCGAGCUUAACGUGUCCUACAAGGUUAUCGAACUGGAUGAAGAAAGUGAUGGAGGUGAAAUCCAAUCCACUCUAAAGUAGUGGACCGGUCAGAGUAUUGUUCCUAAUAUAUUCAUAGGUGGGAAGCACAUUGGUGGCUCGGAUGCUAUUAUGGAGAAGCAUCGAGCUGAAAAGCUGGUGCCGUUGCUAACCGAAGCAGGUGCCAUUGCGAAUGCCUCUGCACAGCUCUGAAGAUUGGUGUCAUGAAUAAGAUGAUUAAGUUGGAUGAG